AUGACAACGGAGCUAAACUUUACCUCUGUUUUCAACGUGACUGACAUGCACAACAAUACGAGGGGAUGUUCCCUGACAAAGACUGGCUUUCAGUUUUACUACCUACCGACCGUUUACAUUAUCGUCUUCAUCACUGGACUUAUAGGAAACAGUUUGGCGAUAUGGAUGUUUGUCUGUCACAUGCGACCAUGGAGUAGUAUUUCAGUGUACAUGUUUAAUCUAGCGCUGGCAGAUUUCUGUUACGUGCUGUCCCUCCCAUUUCUGAUCUUCUACUACUUUAACAAAACAGAUUGGAUUUUUGGUGACGUGCUGUGCAGGCUGCAGCGCUUCAUAUUCCACGUGAACCUAUAUGGGAGCAUUUUAUUCCUCAUGUGUAUCAGCGUGCACAGGUACACCGGUGUGGUGCACCCGCUCAAAUCCUUGGGCAGACUGAAGAAAAAGAACGCGAUACGCACCUGCGCCCUGGUAUGGUUUAUCGUUGUCGUCGGAAUUUCGCCUAUUCUCUAUUACUCGCGGACGGGUUCGAAGAGGAACGCUACCACAUGUUACGAUACGACUACAGAGGACGAAUUGGAGGGAUAUUUCGUCUACAGCAUGUGUUUGACAGUUUUCGGAUUCUGCAUUCCAUUCAUAGUUAUCUUGGGUUGUUACGGAUUAAUCGUUAAGGCUCUCAUAUACAACGACAUGGACAACGCGCCACUAAGAAGAAAGUCCAUCCAUCUGGUCAUCAUCGUACUGGCGGUUUUUGCUGUCUCCUACCUGCCGUUCCACGUCAUGAAGAACCUGAACAUGCGGGCCAGACUGUACUUUCAGAGCCCAGACAUGUGUGACUUCAAUAAUAGAGUCUAUGCCACUUACCAGGUUACUAGGGGGUUGGCCAGCCUCAACAGCUGUGUGGAUCCCAUUCUGUAUUUUCUCGCUGGGGACACAUUUAGACGUAAGCUCUCUAGGGUAACCAAAAAGACCUCCAGGAAGGGAGACAACCCCCUGCAGUCCAAGAGUGAGGAGACUGCACUACACAGCUUGCCUGAGUAUGUAGAGAAUGGGGACAGGAGACCCUGA